UAAGCCUGUCGCGCGCGCACCGCCGCCCUUUUAUAUCCGCCCACAGGCCGCGCCCCCUCGUGGGCCCCUCUCGCCGUGCCUCGACCCGUGACGUCAGCGCGCACGGCCCUCGGCGUUCGACGAGCUCGCUCACUUCCAGCAAGCUGCAGGCCGAAGUUGGGGAGGGGGCGCUCGGCGGGCCGGCCAAUGGGGGUACGCGGUGGUCGGGGAGGGAUCCGGGAGGAUGGAGUGGCGGAGAAGGGGAAGUAGAGUGAGAGAGGACGUGAAGGGCGACGCGACCGCUGAUUGGCCCGUUUGAAUGAGACGCUGGCGCACGCGCGCGCCCCGACGCCCAGGAGAUCACUCACGCGACUAACGGUCGGCCGUGGAGCCUGGGCAGGGCGAAGGGAGGUGGGACUCUGGCGGUUUAAAAGGACGAUAGAAGGCGCGCCGGCCAAUAGGGACGCGCAGUCGUGGAGUGGCGUCACGAGACGCGCGCGGGCCAAUCCUUGACGGAGAAGGCAGUACGGGGGUUGGGGGGGCGAGGGAAAUGGAGAGCGACCAAUGGGAGCCUUGCCUAGCGCGGACCCAGGCGCUCGCAGCCAGUGAAGUUCGUUGAUUUUUGUGUAUGCAAAUGAGUGUGCGCGGAAGCCCGCGCCCCUUCCUCAGCCGGGAGUGGGGGUGGGCGCUGGGAAUCGUUGUACGUUUUUCUCCGAGGCGCCAUUUUGUGCUGAGAAUGACCUGUGACCUGCGUGGUGUGUCAACCCGGCGCUGAAGGCUUAGACGCCUGGCCGUCCAGUGUGUGACUUCUGGCCCCAGCCAGGCCUCAGUCUCCUCCUGUGAGGACUGUGCCCGAGAAAGAAGGAAGAGCCCCCCGGCCUUGUUGAGGGCCUGGCCCUGCCUGUGACUGACAGCGGCCUCCCGCCAGCCAGGCCUCGCCGGGACUCCCUUUCCCUGUCUGGGGAACCGGCGCAGAGCGCCCCGGGCGGCCCAGUGUCGGCGCCCUGAGAGCGGGAGGCCCGGGAGCUGACCCGCCUCCUCGGCUCCUGUGCGGUGCGGCCGCGGCGCCCCCGUCAGGCCCUCUCUGCCCUGGUCCCGAAAAGACUCCUCAGGGGGCCCCAGCCUCUGGAACAGGGGCCAGGAACGUGCAGAGACGCCCACCGCCGUAGCCAUGACUAGUUUGUGGCAGAUUGGCCGCACGCGGGCAUCCCACGCGCCUCGCCUUGGGUCUUAUCCCACCGGGUGCAGAGGAGUCCGGCCCAGUUAACAGCCAAGAACCCUGAAGGAAGAGAGGGGUCAAGUGACUUGCCCAGGCCCCCCCCCCACUUGGGACAUGGCGGAGGUGGUGGUCAGACUGAGCUGUAUCUCAGAAGUCCACUCAACAGACGUAACUGAUGAUGGUCACGAGAGUGGUGGUGAUCGGUCCGGUGCUCGCUGGGCAGGGCAGGGCACUGUUCUAGUUUCUUUGCAUGCUUCAUUUCAUUGAAUCCUUGCCACAGCCCUGUUGGGUGGAUGUUAUGAUUCCCCUCUGGACACCCUCAGUCGUUCAGUACGCUUUUGUUUUUGAGCACCUAUCAUGUGGUAGGCAGGAUACUCUGGGGAUAUGGCUGAGCAUAAAAGGGACAAAAUCCCUGCGCACUCAGGGAGCUGACGUCUUCGUGGGGAAGCCAGACAGUAAACAAGCCCCACCCCUGCUAAGAACUUUUCAAGAGCCCUCAACACACUGCGUUUCGAGUAAAUCCCAAACUCCCAUGAGAUCCGAAACGGAGACCCUGUGGACCCAGUGGACCCAGUAGACCCAGUGGAGGGCAAGCCGGCUGACACUCACUCGGGGUGCACGCCUGCUCCCUUGGGGGCGCGGGAGCCUGGGGGCUGCCAUGGCCCCCAGCCACCUGUCGGUGCGGGAGAUGAGGGAAGAUGAGAAACCCUUAGUGCUGGAGAUGCUGAAGGCUGGCGUGAAGGACACAGAGAACCGCGUGGCCCUCCACGCCCUGACGCGGCCACCGGCCCUGCUCCUCCUGGCGGCAGCCAGCAGCGGCCUGCGCUUCGUCCUGGCCUCUUUCGCCCUGGCCCUCCUCCUGCCCGUGUUCCUGGCCGUGGCGGCCAUGAAGCUGGGCCUGCGGGCCCGGUGGGGCUCGCUGCCCCCGCCGGGCGGUCUGGGGGGGCCCUGGGUGGCAGUGCGGGGCUCAGGGGAUGUGUGCGGGGUCCUGGCCCUGGCCCCAGGCUCCAGCGCUGGAGACGGGGCCCGGGUCACCCGCCUCUCUGUGUCUCGCUGGCACCGCCGCCGAGGCGUGGGCAGGCGGCUGCUGGCCUUUGCCGAAUCCCGGGCUCGAGCCUGGGCGGGCGGCAUGGGGGAGCCCCGGGCCCGGCUAGUGGUCCCGGUGGCCGUGGCAGCGUGGGGCGUGGCCGGGAUGCUUGAGGGCUGUGGCUACCAGGCCGAGGGGAGCUGGGGUUGCAUGGGCUACACGCUGGUGAGGGAGUUCAGCAAGGAACUAUGACGCCAGACCCUGGAGGAAGGAAAACCAGCGCUUAGUGAGCACCUCCUGUGUGCAGACACUUUCACACCGUCCUUCCAUGAAUCCCCAGCCCACCCAGGGCCCAGAAACUGAGGCCUGCAGAGGGCAAGAGACCCCACCACAGCCUGACGUCUGUCUGAACUUCUCAGAGAGGUCGGCCCAUCUAACCCCUGCCUCAGACUCUGUCUGCACUGAGAAGUCUCCCCAUCUGCCUGUCUGUCAAGCCUGUGCCGUUUGUGCUAUGAGCCUGGGAGAGACGUGGGGCAGGAGGAGAGGAGGCCGAGCAAGCCUGCCCCCCACCCCGACCAGGGUUAGGACUUAAGCAGGGGCACCCCAAACCGGGACAAGGCCCCCAGGGAAUGGGGUGGGGCUUGAUGCUGUGCUUGGAGUGGGUGAGGCUGCAGAGGCAGAGAGAGGGUGAGGGGCGCCUCUACAGGGGAGGGUCGUCUGCCUCGAGAGCCCCAGGGGAGGGAGGGGGGUGGUGGGCACAGUGCUGCCCUCCCGGCCAGCCCCUGCCCGGGAAGGUGCGAGCCCAGAGGGGCAGGCAGACCCAUCUGGUUUUUAACACCCGUUUGUUAAUAAAGCCUGCAACUGCUGUGC